UGUCAUAGUGACGGUGGUGUACACACUGUUAGCAGUACAGCUCUGUGUUUGGAACAGUCUCUAGUUGAAGUGUUCGGUGGAUUUGCUGUAGAAAUACUAAUUGUUAGGCUUCUAACAACAAACAUGUCGACCAUCAUACAGCCUACAGAGAGCAUCUACAAUCUCAUUCCCAGAGAAGAGGAGAAAACAGAAAAAUCAGCCAGGUAUACGUCCAAGUUUAGAGAGCAGGUAAAGCAGGAGAAACAGCAGAACAAAGCACUGAACAAGACAAUGGGUCCAGCCAAAGUGGAAAUGUCUUCUCCAGAUAAAUACCUGCUAAAGCAUUCCAAAGAGCCCAAACUUCCAGAAAAACAGCCAUUCUCAUAUAGAGAUGACGGACACCCCAGGAAGCCCAAGCUGCCUGAAAAAACUGAGCAACCCCUUAUGGGCAUCCAGACCAAAAGAAAUUUUGUAAAGACUAAUGUGAUCGAGAAUGUUAUGGCAGUUCCUUGCAAGCCACAGCCUGCAUAUACAGACACCAAAUGUGGAGACAAACAGAUGCUGGAGAACUCUGGCCUUGUUCCAAAAUACAUUAUGAAAAAGGACUAUGGUCAAUCACCGGAGUACCUGCAGCAGAGGAGAGAGGAGGUGAGGAGAGCACAGGAGCAAUAUGAUAAUUAUGUAAAGGAAAGAAUGAAGGAAGGAGCUAUGAAGCAGCUCUCUGAUAUAGAACGACAGAAUAUCCUGCAUGGACUAAAGAAGAACUGGGAGGAGCUGCAUCAUCAAUAUCAAGUACUCUCUCUGGUUACUGAUACAACACCCAAAAAACACAAGAAGGAACAACUGGAGUUUGAAAUGAAGCAGCUGGAGAAGGACAUUGAGCUAAUUGAGAGAUACAAGGUCAUAUAUAUUGCUAACAACUGAUCACAUCAUUCCUAACACUAGCAUGUGAACACAAUAAACAAAUCAGUCUUUAAACCCAAUAAAAACUCACUGUAACUGCCUCAA